AUGGCGGAAAGGGAGGGCGUGGGGUUGACGACGAGGAUUCCAAUGUCCUUGGGUUUGACGCGGGUGUUGGCGAAGAGGUUGUCAAGGGCGCCGAACAUGACCUGCUCGACCUCUUCCCUGGCGGUAGGUUUCCUUGUCGAGGCCAGAGCGGAGGAGAAUCUUGCGUUGGAAAUCGAGGGAGGAUGGGAGGAAAUCGCCGGUAAGGGUAGAGUGGUGGAUGAACUUUUGGAAGUGGACGAUGAGGUGAUUUGGGGGACGGCAGCAAGAGAAGUCGAGGAGCUGAUUGAGAGAGGCAAUGCGUUCAUAGUCGAAAGAAUCUCAACCAGAUUUGGGAAAGUUGAUCGUGGAGAAGUUGUAAGCUUACGCAACCCUAAUAAAGGGAUCAUCAAACGUUUGAUUGGAUUGGAGGGUGAUAGGCUUAGACACUGUUCCAAUGCUGACACCAAUAUAUUGGUGGGUGAUUCUUUUGCACAGAACAACGAUGAACCUGAAACCAUUGUGGUUCCAAAGGGUGCUGUUUGGGUGGAAGGAGAUAACAAGAAUCGAAGUCUAGAUUCAAGAAAGUAUGGUCCUAUUUCUUAUGGCCUUAUAAGGGCAGGCUAUUCUGGAGGAUAUUACCAUAUAAACAGUUUGGACCUUUCUGGGAUAAAUGAUCUGGAGCACAGCAUUCAAUCAUGGGACCCACAAUCUUUUGCAGCAUGACUCUGCUAAAUUUUGAAAGGCAAAACCUUACUUAUUUGGACCCGGUAGUUUAUUCCCUAGUUUGGUGCAUUUUGCUCACCAAAUAUUCAAAGGCUUGGUCCAUUGUUUUAUGGAACACUUUCUUAAUCCUGCUGAAACUUUGGUCUGAGGAUAUCUUCAUGAAGGCCAUCUCUGUGCUGA